AUGAAGAUCGCUGGCUUCCUGUGUAUCGCUUUAGCCGGCAUUACUACGGUCGUAGACCAUGUAACGGCCAAGAAAGCUGGUUAUAUCGAUGCGCCGUUAAAAGCGUGCCCGAGGUUCAGGGAGAUCAAUCACGACGACAUACGACCGUUUCACCAGCCUCCCGCCAAGACAAUCUUUGAAAAGGCUGCCGUCAAAUUCAAACCGAGGCUUACAAUUAGUCCGCAUCUAUGUCACGCAUACCCUGCAGUAAGCCAAGAAGGUUAUGUCAGCGGUGGACUUAAUCCUAUCGGGCCCUCUGAUGGUCACUGCAAGGGAAAUCGCUAUGGGUCUCAAGAGCAACUACCUAAGAAAGGUGAUCCGUUCUCGAAUGAUCGUAAUGAUUUAUAUCACCGUUACGGCUGGCAGACUUGUAUCUUGUGGCUUAACAACCCUGCUAACAAAGACCCGAAGAUCUUGGGUGUGUCGCUGUCGUUUUCAAAAACAUUCGAGAACCACCGCGAUCCAGAACGUUUCAAAGUGGAUGGCACGGCUGUAAAAGUCAGGUAUGUUGGGCACCUGUCAAACGAUCGCUAUUCUGGCGAGUACGGACUCGAAUUUAUUGACGAAGUAGGUGGCUUUCAGGACCUGAUCUUGUGGCAUCAGCUUACGGAGGAGGCUCGGUGUGCCUUAAAUCUAAUGGAUUGGGCAUACCCUUUUUGA